AUUGGCGUAGGGGUAUACAAAUCUAGUAGCAGUACUACACUAGUGGGAAAUAGUUGUAGCAAUGUCAGCUCGACACCCUUUCCACACACGAGACUCUAAAUUGUAGUAUGAUUGUUCACCCAGGAACGAUAGAAAAAGCAGGUGGCUACUUUCCCGUUACUUUCGAGUCAGUUUUAUGAGCCUCAAUGAAAGGUCCUUCUCUUCGACUCAUUUUGAUUCCGCGUAAAAACAGAAAUUUCGUGAGCAUUGACAAUGUCGUGUCCACAGCUAAGCGUUUCUCCAGCUGUAAACAAUGGCGUUUCGCCAAGGGUACUGCCGCGUGUGGGUCCAGUUCCAAUCUCCGCUCGAACAGGAACGCCACCAAGCACCAGUCGUUGGACCGGACGGUAUUUUUCUCUUACAGUUGUAAUUUCAGAGAGGUUAUGCUUCUUGAAAGAGGAAGUGCAUAUGAUUAAGUUUCUACUAACCUAAGAAUCGUUAAAAGAGUAUGAAAGCUGAGCAUCCGUUAGAUUACAAUACAAGCAUUUUUCACUGAGACCGUCUUGUGUCCCUUUCCACUCGUCCCAGAAACCAGCAGAAUCUCGAGGAGUAUUUGAAUACCCGCGCUACUGUAUCUGCCAUGGAGCAAGAAUGGGCACUGAUGCGACAAACAAUGGCAACGCUGGCUGAAAAGCUACAAAGCUUGGAGUCUUUAGUGCGUCGCGUGGAGUGGAGGGUGUCAGGAUUCGAUAAUAUGCGAAAAAAAGCUAUUGCGCGGAUCAGCGAUGCUAGUCGAAAGAAAGAGACGAGCUUGAGCGUGUCACUAUGAACAGAGUUGUGGCAAAGCAUCAGUGUUUGGUAAUUUUUUCUGAGGUUCCUCAAUUUGGGCCUCCCUGAUUAAGAGUAAACUACGGGUAAAAACACAUGUCGGUAUUAGAUAUGCUCAGACGAACACAUCACUGCGCUGCGACUACUGUGAUUAGAGCGGGUUUUUUCUUUGCAAGAUUUCGUACACCAUUCUAAAAUCCGGCGAAACAACGAAUUCUGAUGACAACGCUAGCUGUGACUCAGAGUCUCCGCCCAUGGAGACCACGGUUGUGCAACGAGUUGCAGGUACCGGCAUUGAGCUGCAUCUGUAUCCGCUAGGACUGCAGGGCGACGCAGCGGGAGCCUCAGAGGUAAGGGGGUCGGGGGGCGCUUUUGUUGCCGACAUUCAAGAGGAUGGGAGGUUACGCGACAGGAGUUUGAUACUUUCUGUUGUGAUAGUACAACUAGAAGUAAUGCUGGGUAAAGCUACAUCGUUCCUUGUUGAUAUGCAUCGGUGGAAAACUGACUUUGUGGGCCACAAGGAAACAGUCGAAAAUAGACCUAAAAGUUCACCUUUGUUCACAAGUUAGCUCACGACCACUUCUCUAAGUCGUUCACCUACAACAAGUCACGAAACUUUCGCGGUAGUCGCUGUGGAGGACGCUUCGCAUGAAGAGAGAGUGGGGAAUCUGCGUGUGGAAUUACAGGCACAGGAAGACGACGAGGUGCGCAGCUCGUCUGCACGGAGCUCGUCGCGCAGUGCGCGUGCUUUCUAUCCUUCACAUGGAGGAGGAAGCCUGUUUUUAUGAGAUGACGUUUGUCCUCCGUAGUAGACUUCUGUAGAAUUUGUAGGUAGAGACAAAUUUUUAUGAGAAUUCUGUGGCACCAUUACCGUAGAGUUUGUGAGGCAUUUACUUGAGUACCGUGUAGUAAUUCUGUUGACAUUUUAUGAGAAAGUCUGUCUGAACAAGAAUUACUGUACGGCAGCAACAGUAUUUUGUAGAAUUUGUGGCUAGAAGUUGUUCAUAUGAUAGUAUUUUGUAGUUGAGUACCGUGUAGAAUUUGUAGGUAGAGCAAAGAUGGAUGUUUCGUUUUGUUCGGGAGAAAAAGCAAUUGAACUUCCAAAACUACAUCAGUUUUAGCCACUAGAAAAGACUCCAUACUUUGUCUACCAUUGGAUGAUGUGCCAGUCUUCAAUAACAAUACAUUAUAAGUACAUGCCCAGAAAGCGGGCCCAUCAAGGGCCCGCUGCGCUGGGCAUAGGUUAACAACUAGACAGGUUGACUACUAAGAGACAGAAAGACAAACGAAAAAAGUCGCCAAGUCUGCUCGCCAAGGCUGUGAAGCUGGCCCCCACUGUGGCGAGGCUAGUGAGGAGACUACCGCGAUGGCUACUGCCUUGGCCAACUUGCUUGCUAGGGGCAAGCCAAUGGGCGCCAAGGCUGGCCCGCUGAGCGUCAUGGAGUCCAUGAGAAGGCCACGCUUGGACAUAUGUAGGCACAGAGGUUGGGCCCUUUUGAGUGUGAUCAUGUCCAGGAGAAUCCCAAAGCAUAGCAUACCCAUGGGAUGGCAAAAGGCUGACACUGGCGAGCGUCAUGGACGAGGCCCAUGAGAAAGCCACGCCUGGGCAUAUCUAUGCGCAGACAGAGGCAGAAGCUGAGCCCCAACCUUCAGGCGUGGGGAUGUGUCUAUAAGCUUGGCCGUUUCAUGGACAUGACGCAAGACGCCCACCACGGUCCGCGCCUCAGACAUGCAACCAAUGGCCCACAUUUAUCAUUCUCACACACAGGCAUCGACGUCCUCAGCCUUCAGCCUUCACCGACGGAGAUGCAUGCGCCUGGCCUUCUCAUGGACAUGAUGACGCCCGCCAGGGUCCACCCUUAUCUACUUGCUCACAGAAAUCGACAUCCUCAACGGCUUCGACUUUCACAGGCAAAGCUGUACACCUUUGGCCUUCUCAUGGAUGUGAUGACGCUCACCAGGGUCCACCCUUCAGACACGCAAGUGCUCAAGGCUAUCAUUCUCACAGACAUCGACACCCCCAACGGCUUCGACUUUCAAGCGCAGAGAUGUAUGCCAUUGGCUUUCUCAUGAGUGUGAUGAUGCUCCACAAGGUCCACCCUUCAGAACUGCAAGUGCUCACGCCUAUCAGUCUCACAGACAUCGACAUCCUCAACGGCUUCGACACUCAAGCGCAUAGAUGUAUAUCUUUGGCCUUCUCAUGGAUGUGAUGACGCUCACCAGGGUCCACCCUUCAGAGAUGCAAGUUCUCACGGCUAUCAGUCUCACAGACAUCGACAUCCUCAACGGCUUCGACUUUCAAGCGCAGAGAUGUACAUCUUUGGCCUUCUCAUGGAUAUGAUGAUGCUCACCUGGGUCCACCCUUCAGACAUGCAAGUCCUCACGGCUAUCAUUCUCACAGGCAUCGACAUCCCCAACGGCUUCGACUUUCAAGCACAGAGAUGUAUACCCUUGGCCUUCUCAUGGAUAUGAUGACGCUCACCAGGGUCCACCCUUCAGACAUGCAAGCCCUCACGGCUAGGGCUAUCAUUCUCACAGACAUCGACAUCCUCAACGGCUUCGACUUUCACAAAAAGAGAUGUGUGUCUUUGGCCCUCUCGUUGAUCUGAUGACGGUCACCAAGGUCCACCCUUCAGACAUGCAAGUCCUCACGGCUAUCAUUCUCACAGACAUCGACAUCCUCAACGGCUUCGACUUUCAUACACAGAGAUGUAUAUCUUUGGCCUUCUCAUGGAUAUGAUGACGCUCACCAGGGUCCACCCUUCAGUCAUGCAAGUCCUCACGGCUAUCAUUCUCACAGACAUCAACAUCCUCAACGGCUUCGACUUUCACACGCAAAGUUGCACACCUUUGGCCUUCUCAUGGAUAUGAUGAUGCUCACCAGGGUCCACCCUUCAGACACGCAAGUGCUCACGGCUAUCAUUCUCACAGCCAUCGACAUCCUCAACGGCUGCGACUUUGAAGCGCCGAGAUGUAUUUCUUUGGCCUUCUCGCCGAUCAAUAUGAUCACGCUCGUCAGCUUCUACCUUUUCAAGUGCUCACCCUCUCGCUUACAAUUCUCCCGCUUUUGUGCUGCUGGUUAGAAGUAUACCGGUCAACCAUCUCCAAGGGCUGCCGCGCGCUCCUGUGCCGUGGUCGAUUGCUGUGCGCGGAAGGUAGUCGCGGAAGGGGAGCGAGCUAACUUUUUUCCAAAAACUUCAGGGAGGUCGUUUAGUUUUCUCUGUAUUUGAAUGACCUCCCUGAAGUUUUUGAAAAAAAGUAAAGGCGCUGGGCGAUAUAUGACAAGGGUAGCGGUUGGCAGUUCGUUGGGGCGAUUCGCUAGGGGUGGGCGCGUAGUGUCUUGCUGCGGGUGUGGCUGGUGUACGUGAGUAGCCUACAAACUAACAGCCGCGAACACGCUAGCACGUUCGUGACACCUUUGAACUCGUAGUACUAGCAAGGUCCUUAAGGAGCCGCUGUUAUUAGCCUAAGUUUAUAACAGCUUGUCCUUAAGGGAGCUCCUUAAGGAAAUUUUUUUUCUCUUAAGGAAAGUUAUAAUAACUUUUUAUAAUAAAAAUUCUUUAAGGAAACUGAUUUCCUUAAGGGAGCCCCUUAAGGAAGCUCCUUAAGGCAGCCCCUUAAGAGAUUUCUGGCAAUUGCUAAUACUAUAAAUACUAAUAUCCUCUUUCUGAGCUAUUGAUAUUUAUCAGUUUGCCAAUCUCAAGAAACUGGAACUUCCAAAACAGGAAUGCGUCUCCCUUCUUCCCUCUAACACAGCAAGCCCAGAAUGCGUACUCGGGAGCAGCAGGGAGGGGCGUCGCAAGUGGAAAUCUCCAGAAAAUUGUGGUGUUACCGUACACCGAAGAUCAAUGCUGUGACGAAUUCAUCAUAUUAUGUGACGUUCGCAAAAAUCCACAGUUGCUCUACCACCUGGAUGGGAACUUGGAUUAUUGAUACAGAGACGCCUGAUGUGGCACCUGUGCCGGCGCCUGCAGGUGAUGUUUCCGUUAAGGCUUACCGAAUUACAUCCCGCACUACCAUCCUUGACUCUUUUUCGACUUGAAAAAGGCGCCAGGCAUGUUCUGAGGAAUGUAGUUCUGCAACCUCUAAGUCCGGUAGUAUUAGGGCGUACAUGACAACCUGAGGACGCGUGGGUGAGCUGGAGACUUAUGUGAGAU